AUUAAAAAACCACUCAACCACCUUGCUAAAAAGGGUUAGAAUUUUGCUUCAAACAAGAAUUUGAUAAAACGGAGCCCACCCAAAACGGCGUCGUUUAACUUGUUCUCUUCGCAAGCUUUACAGCGUUGCCGUUUGGACCCUACAAAAAUUUUGAUCCUUACCAGAUGAAAGUGGUUGGCCACCAUUUUUCCCGAUUUCAGCUUUUUUAAAAAAAUCCUGGAAAAUGGGAGGCGCCCAUUUUUACCAUUAAGAGAGAAAAACGGAAUGAAUGAAAAAAAAAAGAUGAAUUUCUUCCGAAAAAUCUCUUCACAAUCCCAGUUUUCCAAAAUUACUCAGAGAUCCUUCAAUUCUUUCAAAUUUACUGCAGACUCCCUAGAUCCUCCUCUUGUUCAUGGCAUUCAUGUCUUCCAUUGCCCAGAUGCAGUUGGAAUAGUGGCAAAGUUAUCAGAAUGUUUAGCUUCAAGGGGUGGAAACAUUUUGGGAGCUGAUGUUUUUGUACCAGAAAAGAAGCAUGUCUUUUAUUCUAGAAGUGAAUUCGUUUUUGAUCCUUUUAAAUGGCCAAGGGAGCAAAUAGAUGAGGACUUCCAAAAAAUUGCUGAAAAGUUCAAUGCAAUGAAAUCAGUUGUUCGUGUGCCUGAUUUAGAUCUGAAAUACAAAAUCGCAGUUUUUGCUUCAAAACAGGAUCAUUGUCUUGUUGACUUGCUACAUUCAUGGCAGGAUGGAAAACUGCCUGUAGAUAUAACUAGAGUGAUAAGUAAUCAUGAUAGACAUCCUGAUUCCCAUGUGAUGCGUUUUCUUGAGCGUCAGCGUAUUCCUUACCAUUAUCUGAAGCCUGUCGCUGGAAACAAAAAAGAGGAGGAGAUCUUGGAUUUGGUUCAGGAUACAGAUUUCCUUGUACUUGCUCGGUACAUGCAGAUAUUAUCAGGAGAUUUUUUGAAAAAGUAUGGAAAGGACGUCAUUAACAUCCACCAUGGCCUUUUGCCAUCAUUCAAGGGUGGGAAUCCAUCAAGACAGGCUUUUGAUUGUGGAGUAAAAAUGAUUGGUGCCACAACUCACUUUGUAACAGAAGAACUUGAUGCAGGACCAAUCAUUGAACAAAUGGUUGAGAGAGUUUCUCACAGGGAUAACUUGCGAAGUUUUGUACAAAAAUCAGAGAACCUUGAGAAACAGUGCCUCUCAAAGGCAAUAAAAUAUUACUGUGAGCUACGCGUUCUACCAUAUCUGGAUAACAAGACCGUUGUGUUCUGAGUGGAAAAUGGUAGAGAUUCAGCUAAUGUAUGUAUAUACAAACAUUCAUUUGACUUAGAUUUUGACAAGGAAAUAUGAUUAUUCUUAAAGAGAAAAUUGAGAUAAAUAUAUUCAGCUUCCGUUGCCAAAUGUGGGUCAAAUAAAAUGCAAUUUAUUUACUAUGAUUACGGUUGCAAGUCUGCAAGUGUAGGUCAAGCAAAAUGCAAUUUUAGGCUAAGUUUGAGCUUAUAUGGUGAUACAAUAUCUUUGUUUUUUCCUCUUUGCUCUGCUACUGAGAUUUUUAGUAUCUCUAGUUCUUUAGCCUUCUGAGAUUAUUCAUGCCUCUGAGUCUGUAAAAACAAUACUCGUAUACUGCAACUUUACCUGCUGCUGUCACCCUGUUUUCGAUUUA